UAGCAUCAGUCGGGGAGAGAGGGAGAGCGUGCGAAGUCGAGCGCGGGAAACCUGCCGACGCCAUCGCCGAACCCGCGUCUCUCCGUCCGCCCGCCUCUCCCUCGACGCCUCCCUCGCCCGCCGUGUGUGCUUCUGCGUUUCUCUUCCGUCUCCUUCCCCCCUCUCUCUCUCCCUCUCUCUCUCUCUCCCUUUCUCUCUCUCUGUGUGUUUCUUGCGGUUGUUUCUCUCCCUCUCUCUUCCUUCCUUUUCGGUUCGAUUCUUGUUUUUUUUCUAUCUCUCUCUUCUUUUUUUUAAUUCUUUUUCUCUCACUCUCGAUUCUUUCUCGUUUGGGGGCGCACCAGAAGAAGGCUCGCUGCCCUCUCUCUCUCUCACACCGAGGAAAACGUACGCCCUUUUCCUCUCGCUCUCUCUCUCUCUCUCACCUUCUCUCUCUUCUCUUUUCUCUCUCUCUCAUUCUCCCUCCCUCUCUCUCCCUCUCUCUCUCUCUCUCUCUGCGUUUUGUCUCUCCGGGGCCCUUCCUGUCUUCGGAUUAUGCGUUGGGUGUGACGCGCGCGCGUGUGUGUGCGUGUGAGAGGAAGAUGUCGGUGCAGAAUUACGAGAAAAUCGAGAAAAUCGGCGAAGGAACUUAUGGCGUCGUGUACAAGGCACAGGACCGGGCGAGCAAGAGGAUCGUGGCGCUCAAGAAAAUCCGCCUCGAGAAUGAAGCAGACGGAGUUCCCAGCACGGCUCUAAGAGAGAUAGCCUUACUCAAGGAACUCGACCAUGAUAAUAUUGUACGACUGCUGGAUGUGGUGUAUGGGGACCACAAGUUGUACAUGGUGUUUGAAUAUCUGAAUCAGGAUCUGAAGAAGCUCUUUGAUGAAAGCCGUGGAGGAUUACCAUUGGAUCUGGUGAGGAGUUACAUGCAGCAGCUGUUACGAGGCAUUGCAUUCUGCCAUGCUAAUCGUAUUCUCCAUCGAGACCUGAAGCCGCAAAACCUUCUUAUAGAUGCUAGAGGGUCAAUCAAGCUGGCAGAUUUUGGAUUAGCAAGAGCAUUCUGCCUGCCUUUGAGGGUGUACACACAUGAAGUCGUAACCUUGUGGUACCGUGCCCCAGAGAUUCUCCUCGGUGCCAAAAACUAUUGUACCGCAGUUGAUAUGUGGAGCCUGGGUGCCAUUUUUGCUGAGAUGUUGACAAGGAAAGCGCUCUUCCCGGGCGAUUCAGAAAUAGACCAGCUGUUCCGCAUCUUCCGCACUCUGGGAACUCCCGGAGAGGAAGAUUGGCCAGGCGUGACCCAGCUCCCCGAUUAUAAGAGUUCUUUCCCACGGUGGGAGGUUGAUGCUGAAAGCUCCAUAGCCCAGCUGGUUCCAUUGCUGAAUGAAGAGGGACGGUGCUUACUCUUGGCUAUGCUGAAAUAUGACCCACGGCAGCGAAUUACUGCAAAGUCGGCCCUUUAUCACCCAUUCUUCGAACCUCUCCCAUCUACUGGCCAAGUUCUUGUCCCACCAAAUCUUAGGUGAUCAGAAACAAGGCCUUCAAGAAUUUUUUUUUUUACGGAAUUGUUAUGCAAAAAAAUGUUGCUUAUCAUUUUUUUUAAUGCGUAUCAUUUGAAGAAUAUUGUAUAGGUUUACACUAUUCUUGCAUUUUGAUAUUUUGACCACGUAUAGGUCUAGAGGUUUCGCGCAUCUACUGUGCUUUUUAUAUAGAAUACAAAUAGCUUUUUUACCCAAAGUUCUACAAACCUUUCCUUUUUUUUAUAUGCUGAUAUUUGUAAAUAUACUAUAUAAGGUCCAAGCUUUUGUGCUUUUAUGUAUAGAAAGGAAAAUGUUAAUUUUUACCAAAAGUUCCAGGAUCUUGUUUCAAGGAAGGGAGUAUAAAUUGCUAUUUUUGCAAAAAGUUUCGAGUCUUUUUAUAUUAAAGAAUAUUAUGAAUUGAGAAAAUCAUGUAUUUUUCAAAUCUAUCAAGUCUGGCUGUGAAUAUUAGAAUAAGAAAUAAUAGAUUA